AUGCUUGAUACCAGAGAAGGCGAGUGGGCAGUGUAUCGUUUAGUCAGAGUACGUCAUCGCUCAACGUUGGAUAUGGAGCACACCAAGAUCGUUAAGGGAGCUGAUGGAGCCGUUUUGCGCCGCUUUGGUCAGAUUCUGGAGAGGUGGCAAGAGUACUACAAUAACUUGUGUAACGGAGAGUUCUGUCAUCCUCCCAUCAUAACUGUUCCCAGCGUCGAGGGUCCUGUUCUACCAAUUACUGCCGUCGAAGUCAGUGCUGCCCUCGCAAAAAUGAAGUCGAACAAGGCAACCGGUCCUGAUGACAUACUGAUGUCUGAAAGCUGCUAG